CAGUCGUCUACUCACCUGAUCACCUCAUUGCGCUGAUGCUUCGACGACCAUCGUGGGCCAGUCACGACGUCCAAACUCGAUGUCCCAGCUCUCAGGUCGUUACUGAACAGAAUCAUGCACCGCGAGGAUAGAGAAUGGUGUCAGCCUCUGCAAUCAGCAUGCGACUUUGCCUUUGCGGCGUGAUACCAUGGCCCUGGUCACGCCGAGAUGCGCCACGCUCGCAUCGCAACACCUCGCGAUCGCACAUGCGCGCAUCGCGCAUCACAUUCGCCCUCGUCCUCGCCCUCGCCCUCGUACCGUCGCCCAUUGGCAGCGACACGCGACGACCAUCAAACGGGCGACCGCUCCCGCCCGUGCCGCGUGCCAUUACCGCUUGUGUCGUGUCGUGUACCGUGUCACACCCCCGUCAACCGUCAGGCGGACAGUUUCUAGCCCCUUUUUAUGGCCUGGCAGACACGCGAGACAGCUUGCCAAGCCGUGCACAUUGCCACAUCUGCACGGCGGCACCGCCCUCUCAAGUCGAUCAAGUCAAAGUCAGGCCAUCGAGUUUCAUCUGCCACAUGCCAACCUCACACGACCAGCACUGCUUCCGGUGGCUCGGCGAUCGGUGCAUACUCGGCUGCUCAUGCUCAGGCACUCGGGUGAGUGGCGCCGGCCCCUUGGCCCUUCGGGUUCGGCGCUUCCGGAUGGGAUGGACGCAGGUACGCAGGGUCGGAGCAGGGACUAGGCCUCCCUCGACGCGACGCGACGUGAGGGUCUAAUCCGUUGGCCGCAACGGAACAACGGGACGUCGCACAGCCCCUCGCCCUGUUCUUCAGUCGGACAAAGAUCAAUGCGCCAACGGCCAACCGCCAACGGCCAACGCGUCAAUAGGCUGUUGUCAUCCACACCGUGGCCAUUCACCAAUUGACAGCGCCGACAUUCCGGCAGGCGUCGCAACUUUAUUGGCGACAGAAGAUGGCUGGACACGUGAACGCCACGGCCAGAUGAGAUUGCACAGGCACUGAAUCAUGGGCGGGUCGGCGAUGGGGAGCACGCCAGGAGUACUCCGGAUCGCGCUGUGGCCGUCGCUGCCCGCGCCGUAGCGCACAGUUUCAC